UCAAAGUUGGCAGCAACGUUUCUGUUGAGAGGUUUAACCUGUAGCAUAAUUUACUCCAGCCGAAGGCUUAGAAAUCUUUUUAAAAGUUGUAAAUAUCCAUGUUUUCAUACGAGUGACGUGGGUUUUCACUCAGAAUGGACGGUAAAGUCAUAGGAACGGGUCCGUACAGGGCAACAAAGCUGUGGAAUGAAACCAUAAAACUCUUCCGUGGAGGCAUGCCACUGAGAAGGCACUGGGCACACUUCCGCUACUAUGAUUGCAGUUUCACAGGAUCUGAGGCAGUGGAUUAUUUGCAUGAGCUGCUGAGGCGCAACUACAAUUUUGGGCCUGAGGUGACUCGCUACCAAACUCUGCAGUUACUCAGGAAGUUCCUCAAGGCCCAUGUCAUUGAAGACAUCAAAGGACGCCAUGGGACCGAGGACUUUGAAGACAAUGGCCAUCUGUACAGGUUCCCAACACUAUCUCCCCUGAAGUCUUUCCCAACAAGGCCUCUGUUGAGAGACAGCCGUGACCUUCCCAGACUCAUUCGUUGGGAUGACUACGAAGAAUUGCCUCAGCGGGAAAACAGUGCACCCCUGAAGUCUGCUGUCAUGACCUCAGAUUUGUGGAAUAAAAGGCACAGUGUAGCUAUUGGGGAUGUGCAUGAGUGCAAGCUCAUACGAAGGAAGGAGAUCACUCCAAAGCAAGUGGACCACAUCUGGAAAUCCAUGACAGCUGAGCAUUUACAGAGGGUGUUGGGCCUGAAGUCAUUGGAUGGAGUUUUAAACCUAACGCAUGUGAACGGCAAGCACAUCGUUCAUAACGUGUUCAGCGUUAAUAAGGCGGGCAUAGUCGUGUUGGAGAACAAAGCCGAGGACAUGCCGUAUUGGGUGGUAUCAGCAAUGAAAUGCCUCGCCAAUUGGCCUAAUGGGAAUGGAAGCAAACAACCAGUGUAUCCGGGUUUCGAGAGGGAUGUUCUGAAAACAGUAGCAGAUUACUUUCAGAGGCUCAAAGAACCGCUGCUCACUUUCCAUCUAUAUGAAGUUUUUGUCAACAUUCUCAGUCUGCUGCAGGAUCAGGAGGUCGCCACUGAAGCCUUGCAAGUCAGCUGUCUCUUACUGCCACCGGCCAACCGAAGACGCCUCCAUCUUUUACUGCGUCUCAUGGCCCGGGUCUGCCAGAACCCCCACCUGCCUCCACUCAAUGACUUCAUCACUACCUGCACACUGAUGGUGCAGAUGUUCUCACACUGCGUUCUGGGCUCAGUGGAUGAGAUGGACUUGGACGAGCUGCUUUCCACCAAACUGGUGACCUUCAUGAUGGAGCACCACAACACCAUCUUCCAGGUUCCUUCCAAGCUGCGCUGCCAGGUCCAGGAGCACCUGUCCCACCUCAAAAGAGUCCAAAUCAAAUACGCAGGUUCAGACACAGACUUCAGUGCAUCUCCAGCUUUUUGUAAACAGAUCCGCAGGAUGGAGUCUGAGGAUCAGAAGGUGAUAGGAACCCAGACCCCCCUGCAGGCGCUGCUGGAAGGCCUGAUUGCAGACAAAGAACUUCCUGCCAAGGACAAGAGGAAAAGGCUCAAACAGUUCCAGAGGUCGUACCCAGAUGUCUACCACAAUCGACUUCCCACCGAGGAAAGCAAAGCUGCUGUAGUGCCUGAGAAAACCCCACGACUCAAACCUCAUCUCAUGUUUUUCAACCUCAAGAAACCCUUCCAGCCGUUCCAGAGGAGCUGGAGCUUUAGGGCGUGAUCAGGCUGUACACACAACUCAUGAGACGAGGAACAAUGUGGCUGUAAUGAUGCUUUGGGCAUACAAUUAAUGUUAAAAAUAAUUACUUGGCUGUUAAUUAGCACUGUUGAACUAAGAUAAUAAUUUAAAGGGUCAGUUCACACAAAUACACAUAAUGGUAGUAAUAAUAAUAACACACCUACACUGACUCUUAGUGAAUUGACCCUUUUCACAUUACAUUUUUACUGUGUUGCUAGAAAACUUGAGCAAAGUAUAGGAAACGAUGCACUGACGCUAAAAGAACCACUGAUGUUUCUUAAAAUGAACUAAAAUAGUUGUACAUUUUUUACUAAGAUACUUUAUGUUAGAAAGAUCUAUUAAGUGACUGACAUUGCCCUCCCUAUAACUUCAUUGAAUGAAAUGCAUUUCAAAAGUAUUACUAAGUUAUUAGAGGUUGCGAAAACUUAAUGAUCAAAGGGCGUCCUACUCUUGAAACAUUUGUAUAUAGUUUUCUACUGUAACACAUGUUCAGAUACAUUUCUUGGCAUGAAAUAGCCUUCAAACAGAUUAUGUAAUUUCAUGAGAUUGACUCUUGCAAUGCAGAAAUGCAUUUAAUUUUACAUUAUGAAUACUGUUUAUGUAGAAUGGUCAUUAUGAUGUUGAAUCUAGGCAACUCCAAGCUUAAUCUAAAAUGUAUAUUUUUUAUAUUUGUCAGUUGAAACUGGAGAAGGCAGUUUAUUUGUAGCAUUAUUGGGCAGAAAUUCCAUAAUAACAUUUUAGCGUAUUGUGUUUAAAGUGGUACUACACGGUAUGUUGUUUUCUGGAAAAGGCAAAAAAACAAAGCGGCAGACCUUGAGAAUAAAGCUCUCAUCCAGCAUCUCUGUCCGUAUUUGUAUCAGGAUAUUAUCGAAGGCACGUACAAGCGCAUUAAUAUUUGCAGAACAAUAAUAGGAACGCUCUCUCUCUGAGAUCACGUGUGAUUGGAAGUUGAGUUUUCGCUCAGUCCACUUGAGUUACAAUAUGCUGAAAGGUUAUUAUGGAACCUUUGCCCAAUGAUGCCAAAAAUAUAUGGCCUACAGUAUCUCCGCUUUAAUAUCAAUGAACAUAUCAAGGGCUUGCUAAGAAAGGGAGUGUGUUACUUGUUACAGAGUAACUGAGAAGCUCUACUUGAGCUUUAUCCAUAUCUCUAUAAUUGCAUUUGUAACUGCAAAAAAUACCUCACAAAUGAGGGGAAAGCUUCAAGGCCAGGGGGAAAUGUAGUUUAAAUUUGCUAUAAGAAAAGUGUACAACUACACUUAAUAAUUUGUAUAUAUGUAUAUGCUGAAUCAUAAUCUCAGAAGAAGGAAGGAAAGCAAAAUCAAACAUUUCACUUGUUACAAAAUGUCCUUUCUCUCUAAGCCCUCCUUCCACCUUACCUGACGGGUCCUGCUGUACGUGCACUCUUAAAACAACUCAUUCCAUGUUUUAUUCUGGAUAUAAGAACUCUUUUCUUGAUGCAUGUCUUUCAUGGUUUUUCAAUGUCAUUUGUUAUUUUCUGUUACCAGAGGCCGGCACUACGAAGCAAGUUCAACAGACCAGGAUAUCUUUGUUGACUUAACUAACCCUCACAACCGCGAUCCCGCUAAGCGGUCCUACGACAGUGGUUCUCAACUCGGUGAGUGAACCCAGAUGUUCUCCGUCUGGCUAUGAGCGCGUUCACAUAAAAGGGGCGGGGUUUGACAAACGGGUACAAGUGUGCUGUCAGCAGCGCGUCAUAUUGCACAAAUGAAGCGUAAACUACUUUAAUAAACAAAUGCGUAGAAGUUAAACACUUAAUCCGGGCUAUAAAGUAACAGUUUACUAUACUACUAUAAUUACAUUAGUCUAUUCUAUUAAAUGAAGGAGUUACUUAGACCAAAUUAUUAUCAUACAAGCCAUAAGAAUACAUGCAAUACUUUCAGCGGCAACCCCGGCUGUGUAAAACUCAUGGGAGCAAAUAAAAACAUCAUUCAAAUCUGUAAGCAGACGUGCUUUCAUAUAUUGAUAAUCACCCACAGCAGACAGUCUGGGACUGUCGGCAAACGACCCAGACGUGUUGCACAGCAGCUGACGGCUCAAGAAGCUGACA